AUGUGCUUCUACAGGACCAAGCUAUACAAGGCCUGCGGGCAUUCCGAGUUCCGGCGCUUCAUGUGCAACCCGGUACCCAUCAGUAACACCCGACACCAAUCGGAUCUUGAUUUCGAUGGCCUGGUACACAUCAAGAACCACCUUGUCUGCGGCGAACCGCCGCAACAUGUGAACGACCUCGAACUUGGUGUCUGCGGCCAUUGCCGCAAAGCGAGGCACCCGGACAAAGGGGCGGGGCGGAGGAGCGCGAUCCUCGAGAAAGAACGAACCCGUGUACAGCCAAGCAUCCAGAUCUUUGUGCCGGUAAUAAGCUCAAGUACCGACAACUUAGCCGCCAUUCUGGAGUUGCUAACGUUGGAUGUUCAGGAGUCCGAUGCCAAAGAGGCAGAGCUUGACGAGAAGUCCGAGAAUGUUCAAGUACCUGCCGACGUCAUCGAAGAGCGGCGUCUCUUCAAGCAGAGUGUCGUGGAGGCGGUCGAGGAAUGUCGACAGCUUCGUGUAGAAAUCGAAAAGGAUCAGGCCAAGGCCAGAUCUCUGCUCGACGCCAUCGGAAGCCUGAGCGAAUAUCGCGCCAUUCGCUGCAAGAGCGAACCUUCAGCCAUCAUCAGCAACACCGAGCAUCCAACGAAGCCACGACUUGUCAACCAGGCGCCAUCUCAUGCUCAGCCAGAAAAGUCAGAUUACCACGCCUUGUCGCAUUCGGCGACCAAAGUCCGUCGCGGACUUUUUGAGGCCAAAGGGCGAGUCCGCUCCAUGAUCGACGCCUUCAAUGGCAAGAACGAGGUCAGCCCAGUAAUCCCACGUAUUCACCACAAGCGCAUGGUAACCUCCAUCGCCAACACCAUCAACCGGCAAAGCGAUGCCCAGCAUCCAGCAAAACCUCAGCCUCCCGUCGUUCCCAAGAAGACAGGCUUGACUUGCCGGCCCCUGCCGCUGCCUCCCUAUCCAGACCCCUGGACUCUGUCCAAGCCGGCAAAGCUCCAGAUCCUCUCGAGGCACCAAUACCACAGACUGGUGCCCGUCCCAGAAGAGUCCGACUCGAAAUCUCUGGUUCUCGCAAAUUCCGUUACCAACACCGUCAUCCUUCGCCGCGCAAAAGCCAUCAAAGUGCGAAACCUCAACGCCUUUCACUGCCCGGUCAGGCAGCCGCGCUUCGGACUCAAGCGGAAAGUGUUGGCUCCACCUGUUCCCCGCCAUUCGACGCCGCCAGUUGCUGUGCCGUGUUCAAAAUUUGCGGAUCUUGGCCGCCGUAGGGUCUCGGAACUGGAGUGGCGCUUCGUAAUUUGA